AAACUCAUUUGUGCCGUGGCUUUCUGCUCCUUACUUUCAGCCUCUUACCGCCCAACCACUGCAUCGACCUUUCACUUUGGCGAGCUCAACUAACUUCACUCAGUCUCUGGUCUUGUAACAGCGAUCGAAUGAAGGACCUUCACUCUCAUUGACAAGACCCCCAGCGCGGAAGUGCUGUUCAGGCCACGAUGCCCGGUACCACAAUGUCUCAACAGCCACUGCCGAAGAGGCCAGACCAACUUCGCCCCGACCCGUCACCAUCAGCGUCUACGCAUAUCAAGUCACCGAACGACCGAGUCUCUGCAACUGCUACCCGGAACAGGAGCUCCACGGCUAAAGAUGGGUCACUAUCCGACAACCCAUUCGCCCUCAUCCCGACCGCGUCGUACAGCGCGCUGGCCCAGCUCUAUCACCUCGUACGGCCUUGCUUAAGCGAUCAAUCUCAGGUCACGUGUCUCUUUUCGCCAGUGCGGCAAUCAGGCCUUGCACCAGCAGUUGAAGCACUACUUGUUGGUGGAUACGGGCGCAGUUUUGCGGUCGUGGUAUUUGCUGUACUGGUGAACCACGUCAGGAGGAUGCUCGCACCCGCGCUUGGCGUGGGUGCGUUCGGGGGUCCCAUUUCGACACUGAAACUUGCCAUUGGCAGUCCGGCACUUUUUCUUAGCGAGGAGGUUGAGGUUGGUUUCUUCGGGAGGUUGUUCACGCCGAAAGGGGCGUGGAAGCUUCUCGGGGAUGUAGUUGGAACUAUCGUUUUGGAGCGCGUCUUGGUUCGCGCUGCUGAGGAACUGGAUACAAUGAAGGGUUAUUCCAAGGUUGAGACAAAAGGUUCAACUGCAAGCGGAAGUAUGGAGAAAGGUGAUCAGAUUCGGCUAAGAGCCGCCGAGAAGCGGAUGACUUCCGCUCUUGUCGUCUACUUAGUUUGGAUUCUGGGAUGUGCCGAGUAUCUCCACGCGAGAGCGGCACAUGUCGUGGCUGUCGGCAUUGCAUAUACCAAGCUCUUACGGGGCGAAAUGCUUCACAAACAGGCUCUAUGGGAAGUUCUACUCCCUUUCACAUCGCCCAGGUCUUUGUCACUCAUCGAAAAUGUCGGAGAGAGUCUCAGCGUGGUUCGGUUUCAUCUAGAGCUUGCAUGCUUCAUCGCCUGGGGCCUCUAUCCCCUCAUAAGACUAGCCAUUGGUUCUACGUUCAGGAUGAAUCCGAGGAAGAGCAGACCUGGACUGGCGGUGCUGAUUUCUACGUGGGCUUGGGGAACGGGCUAUGUGACGAGGUACUCGAAUAAGUACUACGUCGGCCUGGAGAUGAGCGGGAUCUUGCUCGUGAUAUGGUGGAUUGCUGCCUGUGGAGUAUUUCUUGGCUUUCACUUCUUUUGUUUGAGAAUCACAUAGCCACAAACUCAUUAGAACACGAACUUCCAAAUUUACGUGGCAGAUAUAUCAUUUCAAAAGCUUUGGAUUUGA